AGCCAGCACCGAGGGGGCGCGGUUGCCACUCGGACGAAGCCAGCCAGUUGGACGCAGGAACGGCGCGCGACGCGACCCACAGCAUUUUAGCCAUGGAACGCAUGGUGGCCCGUGGAACCUUCCCGAUGCUGGUGCGCACCAGCGCCUGCCGCAGCCUCUUCGGGCCGGUGGACCACGAGGAGCUGGGCCGCGAGCUGCGGAUGCGCCUCGCCGAGCUGAGCGCCGAGGACCAGAACCGCUGGGACUUCAACUUCCAGCAGGAUGUGCCUCUGCGUGGUCCCGGACGUCUGCAGUGGAUGGAGGUGGACAGCGAGUCGGUGCCCGCCUUCUACCGCGAGACCGUGCAGGUGGGGCGCUGUCGCCUGCUCGUGGCGACCCGACCCGCCCCCCCGGUCGCCGUGGCUGUCAUCCCGCCUCCCGAACCGCGGGACGCCCAGUUCCUCGACGACCUCGAGGAGCCGCCGGAGCAGCCGCCCAACGACCCGGCCCCGGCCCGGGCGGCCACUCCGCCGCCGGCCCCGCCGGCCCCAGCUCCGCCGGCCCCGCCGGCCCCGGCCGCAGCAGCCGACCCGGUCCCGGACCCGGACCCGGUCUCCGAUCCGGAUGCCGACGAGGCACCGCAAGACGGCGCCGAGCAGGGCGCGAUCGAGGCGCAGGAGGCCCUCGCGGAGCAGCUCAACUCCGGGAUGUCUGGACGCCCCGCGGCCGGCUCCGCUACUGCGGGCGCCAACGGUGCGGCCACCAAGAAGCUGUCCGGGCCUCUCAUCUCCGGUGAGCCCCGCACGGCCCCGCCCCGGCCCGGCCCGGCCCGGCCCCGCUUUGUCCGGCCGGCCGGCCUCCCCAGCCCUCGGGGGGCCUCGCGCGACUUCUUCGCCAAGCGCAAACGCUCCGCGCCCGACAGCAAGGCGCCCGGCGACGGCCCCGCCGGCUGCCCCGCUCCCAGCGCCGCGCCCGGCCUGGGCGCGCCCGAGCAGACCCCGCGCAAGCGCCUGAGAUGAGCUAGUUUGGAGCCCAAAGAGCCCAGGGGCAUUGGUGGGGGCAGCAGACGGGAGGAGCACGGGGCCUCGGCUGGGACCGCACAUGUAGCAGCGACAGACAGCGACCGCCGCAGGGCGUGUCGCGGUCCACCCCGGAGACUGUGCAAUGAUCGGGCGCGCGUAACCUACCUGCACGUGUCCUGUGCGAGAAGUGCGCGGGUUCCCAAGGUGUGAAGCUUUAAAGAGUCACUUAUGUGGAAUGUGUAACCUCUGCUGAGACUCAGUGCAUCGAAAGAGAAAAAUCAAAAUUAACCCAUGUAUAUUUGUACAAAAAAUUAAAAAAAAAAACAAAGCUAUACUAACUUAUAUGUUGUAUUUAUGUCCGGGCGUGGAAACGCUGCACCACGCCACCCUGUGAUUGGUUAUGCCAAAGCCUGAAUCCCACCUGCAUCCGGUUAUUGAGAAAAGCACAUCUAUUUUUGUAGUGGGCUCUGGGGAGCGUCGUUGCUGAGGGUAGCUGCCGUACCGCCGUCCUAGUUAAAGCUUGCAGUCUCCGCGCUGUCGCUGUCUGUGCAUUAUUUUGAUUUUGAACUUGAAGACAAAUCUGUUUUGUUAAAAAAAAAAAAAAAAUGGUUCCUGAGCCGUCUGUACCACUGCCCCGGCUGCUCCUCCGCCGGGUUCUAAAUAAAAGAGGCCGAAAAUGCUGCAA